GUGGGCUUAGUCGACUCCACCAUCCUCAUCCCCACAUGGAAUUCAGCGUUCUUUUUCAAACUUCCCUUCAUACCCGCGCACUCACCAACAGUCCGUUGUUUCUUUUCUGUUCUGUGACACUAAUUUCCAUUUUCAUUUUCAAUCUGUAUACGCCACAGAGAGAGAAUGAUUUUUAAACCAAUCUUGAAUCUUCUUCUACUUGUAGAGAGAGAGAGACACAGAUCGCCCUCUCACUCACAGUGAAGGGCUCUACUUCUAGCUAAUUCCGAAUAUACUGAAGAAUCCCCAUUUCCAAAUACAUGUGUUUUAUUUCUUCGAUUCGUAGAUCUACCUUCCUCUGCUUAAUCAUUAUCUCUUUUAGAUAAGAACACCGUUUCUCGGAUUUCGAAAAAGAAGAUUGAUUACAUCGGUUGUUUGGCUUGGCUUGGUUUUUAUCGGUGAUACAAUCACGGACGGUGAUUGUUUCAGGCUCCUCAAUUCGAAGUUGUUCUCAUUGGGAGGGAUCGGAUUGGAUUGGAUUCAUGAUUUCUUCUCUCUGUUCCUUUGCCUCGGAAUCCAUGGAGGUUUUGUUUGUCUGAACGCGGACACUAGCUAUAUGGUGAAGGAAUUAAAGUGGUGAGUGGGGAAAAAGGUCAGAAUCCGAGGCAAUUUCGAUAUUGUAUAGGGCUUGAUUUAGAGCUUUCUGGAUCAUCUUUCGACUUGAAAUUGCUGUUCCGUUUUGAACUCAACAGUGUCCUCUAUCCGUAAAGAUUAAAGGAAAGGGGAGGGGAGAAGUUUUCCUUUUUUGGGGACUUUGCAGUUUCGUAUCCCCCUUUUUUUAUAUGCCAUAGAAAGGCUUGCCUUUAGCAUGCAACUYGGGUUCAAUAAAGGGGAGGAGCGCCCUAAGAGACACAGUUGAUUGUAAUUUAAUAAACCAAAUGCAGGACACCAAGAAGAAGCUCGCCACCGAUGAUUCCAAGAAGAAGGAACGACACAUCGUUUCCUGGACUCAACAGGAGGAUGAUAUUCUCCGGGAGCAGAUUAGCCUACACGGAACAGAAAAUUGGGCAAUCAUUGCAUCGAAGUUCAAGGAUAAAACAACAAGACAGUGCAGAAGAAGAUGGUACACAUACUUGAAUUCUGAUUUUAAGAAAGGGGGAUGGUCUCCGGAAGAGGAUUUACUUCUAUGCGAGGCGCAGAAAAUAUUUGGAAACAGAUGGACGGAGAUAGCAAAGGUGGUGUCAGGCAGAACGGACAAUGCAGUGAAAAACCGGUUUACCACCCUGUGUAAAAAGAGAGCCAAAUAUGAAGCAUUAGCAAAAGAGAACUCAAGUUCAUUCAUCAACUACAGCAAGAAAAGGGUCCUAUUUCAAAAUGGGAGUAAUAGUGUUUCGUCAGAAACUCCUCAACUGGUUAAGAGAAUGAGGAGAGCACACAUAUCUGAUACUACAGAAGGUUGCUCACUUGAAGAUGGAUCAAAAAAGCCAUGUAUGGAUCAUCAGCUGAGAGCCCCAUUUGCAGUACUGGUUGAGAAUGUCCAUAGUGUYGACAAUUUGGCAGCUCAACUUCCCCUGAACAAUGCCAAUGAAGGUCUCAGUACUACUGCUCAAGGUAACAAGAGUGAAGGAACCUUCAUCAAGAAGGAUGAUCCAAAGGUAACUGCUUUAACACAACAAGCAGAGUUACUCAGUUCACUUGCACUGAAGGUUAACACAGAGAAUACAGACCAGAGUCUUGAAAAUGCUUGGAAGAUUCUCCAAGAUUUCCUCAGUCGAAGCAAAGGAAAUGACAUACCCAAAUAUAUAACUCCGGAUAUUGAAUUUCAAGUGGAAAACAUUAAAGAGUCAGUGGAGGAUUUAAGGAGUAGCAAUGAUGGCAGCCAAUGGAGACAACCUAGUCUCCAUGAGUCUCCUGGCAGUUCAGAAUACAGUACUGGAUCAACACUAGUAUCCCAAACAGCAGAGGAGAAAAUAGGUCAAAGUCAAUCUGAGAUAGGGACUCAUCAUCAGGAAGCUAAAUUUGAAUCUGGGUCAACUUGCACUGGAGAGCAAAAUGAUUUUGGUGAAUCUGAGAAAGAAAUUCCCAAGAAAACCCUGGAGCGAGCAGAGGCCUUCAAGUGUUGCAAUGAACGAAAGAAUGAUACCAUUGCCUCUUCAUUUUCAAGCUCAGAAUUUAGCUCCCCCAUGAAUGUAAUUCCACUUUUUAGAUCCUUGGCAGCAGGAAUUCCUAGCCCACAAUUCUCUGAAAGUGAAAGGAGUUUUCUUCUUAGAACACUGGGAGUGGAGUCACCUUCCCUUAACCCUAGUGCUAAUCCUUCACAACCACCACCCUGCAAAAGAGCCCUUCUCCAAAGUCUAUAAAACCUCUCUAAUCAUCCCACAUACAGAGUCUGCGUUAUCUAGGUCCAAAAUUCAGUUUUUUUUUUCUUUGAAUUAAAUUUCAUUGGUUUGCAGCCAUUCCGGCCUAAAAUUUUUCAUAGUGGCAUGUUGAUAUCUGCAUUCCAUGACUCGUGUCUAGAAUGUUAUGGCGCAUUCAGACACAUGGGGACACAAAUAACCGCGUGUUCCACAUUCUUUUUUUCUUUUCUUUCCCUAGGUGGGGUUUCUCUAAUAGUAACAUCCAAACCAGUGUGCUUGGUGUGUCAUUUUUUCACCUUUUCAGUUCCUUGCAAUGUGAUUUUUGGUGUCCCAGUUUUUGUAGCUUGAUUUCCCACAUGUACAUAACUUCUAGAUACAUCCGUAGACAUUCAGAAAGUAAGCAUGCUUUGGCCGCUUGCUUACAGCCCUCCAACAAAAAGUGAACGAGGGAAGCAGAAAGCAAAAAGA